GGAGCCGAGAGAUCACUCUGGAAGGGACACCAGAAAGGGAUAACAUGGGGCAAACAGUGAAUGAAGAUUCAAUGAAUGUCAAGGAGAAUCAAGAGAAAACUCCUAGCUCAAGUACAUCUUCUGUGCAAACUGAUGAUUUCAUUUGGGACAAUUACUUGAAAGAGACUGGAUCAAUAAUUGCUCCUUCAGAGUGUUUCAGACAGUCUGAGAUUCCACCAACUAAUGACUUCAAAGUUGGUAUGAAAUUGGAAGCCCAUGACCCUCGCAAUGUUACUUCAGUAUGCAUUGCUACAGUUGUUGGGAUUACUGGUGCCAGAUUACGUUUGAGACUGGACGGGAGUGACAAUCAAAAUGAUUUUUGGAGACUUGUCGAUUCCCCAGACAUACAGCCUAUUGGAACAUGUGAAAAGGAAGGGGAUUUACUUCAACCUCCCCUGGGGUACCAGAUGAAUGUGUCAUCUUGGCCAGUGUUUCUUUUACGAACCCUAAGUGGAUCUGAGAUGGCACCUGCAGCAUUGUUUAAGCAGGAACCACCAAGGCCAGCCCUGAAUAAUUUUAAAGUGGGAAUGAAACUUGAAGCUGUAGAUAGAAAGAACCCUUAUCUGAUCUGCCCUGCAACUAUUGGAGAUGUUAAAGGAGAUGCAGUUCAUAUCACAUUUGAUGGCUGGAGUGGAGCUUUUGAUUAUUGGUGCAAGUAUGAUUCUCGAGAUAUUUUCCCAGUUGGGUGGUGUCAACUGACAGGAGAUAUAUUGCAACCACCAGGCAAUAAUGUUCCUGUUACCAAGAGUGUAACAAAAUCACCAUCUUCUUCCAAAGGCACCCGGUGUUCAAUGCAGUCUCCACAGAAAGCUGCUCCAUUGUCACCAACACAGCCAAUCAGGAAAACAAGUCGGAUUAAACCACCUGGACCUACCUCAGUCCCCAAGAAAGGCAGUUCUCUUAAAAAUCCCACAGCAAAGAACAAAGGCCUAAACUCAGGAAAAAAGGAAAAAAUUCUUCCUGCUCUGUGUUCUACAUCUACAGCUUCUUUAUCUUCGCUGACCAGAGGCCGUGGCAUUCCAUAUGAUGCCAUUCCUGGGUCAACUAAAAUAGUGAUGUCUACAGUCUGUGUCUAUGUAAACAAACAUGGAAACCCUGGCCCUUACCUGGAUCAGAAGAAAAUCCAGCAACUGCCUGACCACUUUGGCCCAAGUCCUGUGAAUGUGGUGCUCCGGCGGACCAUACAAGCCUGUGUGGAUUGUGCCCUUCAAACUAAGAUUGUUUUUGGAUUCCUUAAACCAGAUAAUCGUGGAGGAGAAGUAAUAACUGCCUCCUUUGAUGGGGAGAAUCAUUCUGUCCAGCUCCCCCCAGUGAAUAGUGCAUCAUUUGUUCUUCGCUUUCUCGAGAUCUUCUGCCACAGCCUGCAGUGUGAUAACCUUUUGAGUAGCCAGCCUUUUAAUUCUUACAAGGCUAAUACUUCUAGCCCUGCAGAGCAUGGUAAAAAUAAAUCAGCGAAAGAAGACAUACCAGGAAAGAAAAGCACCAAACGAUCUCCUCAGCAGUCUCUAUCUUGUGUUGUUCCUCUCUCUCCUAAGUUUCCCAAAACAGAGAUGAAUGCCUCUAAAGAAGAACUAUUGUCUCCUGAGGAAAGUGGCAUGCCCAAAGAGAAAAAGCUUCCUGAAGAAUCCAAGAACUCGCCGCAAAAUUCAGGAAAUUCUUUGAGUCCUGAUUGUAGAAAUCUUGUAAGCAUUCAUACCUCAAACUCCAGGAAUUCUUCUCAGCCUGUGUCAGGCACCUCAAGCUCAGCACUAGUUGGGAAUAUAUCGCCUGCCAAGAGUAGUCACCGUGAAGUUAACAAGAUCCAAAUUCAGACGAAAAGUGAAGCUACAGUUUAUACAGCUGCACCUGUCCCCAGUGCCCUGAGACAAGGCUUCUCUAAGGACCCUUCAAGCUGGUCUGUGGAUGAAGUGAUACAGUUUAUGAAACACGCAGAUCCUCAAACAUCAGCCUCCGUUGCUGAUCUCUUCCAACAACAUGAAAUUGAUGGGAAGGCUCUGCUACUACUGAAGACUGACGUGAUGAUGAAAUAUAUGGGCCUGAAGCUGGGGCCAGCAUUAAAGCUAUGUCACUAUGUUGAAAAACUUAAAGAAGGAAAAUACAAUUUUAAAAAUGAUUGCAUUGGUUUAGAUUGGAUAUAAUCCUCAGGUGUACUGAUAAAUUUUUAAUUUAAAAGUAUUUUUCUGCCCUUAGCAGUUUUUUGUUUUGUAGAAAAUUACCCUAAAAAUGUUACACCCAGAACUGCAGAACUACAUUAAAAUCCAGUUUACUACUUUAAAAACUAUUUAAUGUUAGAGUUAACAUAUUCAAACUAGCAGUUUGUUCUAUGUCUUUUUAAUUGUAGAGUUUACAAGGAUACUUCAUGCAGGAAAUAGACAAAAACCUCUGAUUCUGGUUUAGCGUUAUGUGUAAAACCAAAACAGCUAAUUCCCAAAGGGGAAAAGUAUCAGGGAUUGAAAGCCUCUAUAUUUAAAUCCAUGAGAAUUUGUCCAUAGAAGAGAAUUUAAAGAUACAACUGUUGAUAUCAUCUUUUUCUCAAAUAGUUUAUGCUUGGUGCUACAAUGUUCUGUUCAUGUUCUACCAGUUUUCAGAAAGGGAAUAGCCAUAUAAAUUAUUUUCCUUUCUGUUAUUAUUUCUUUCUAAGUUGUAUUUGGUCAUAUUUAAAGAUACAAGUUUUCAUGAAGUGUUCUUACAGUUUUUUCAUAAAUUUUGAUAAAUUAUAGGAUAGAUAAAUGGUCGUUUUAUGUAGGAGAUAUUUAUACUAUAAGGGUGUUUUUGGAUGGAGUCAGAUUAAUUUUUUUCAAUGAAAUACGUAUUAUUUUUAAACUUUAGUUAUCUUGGCUAUAAUUGGACAUUUAGCUAAGCAUUCAUUACUCACAUCUCUGAAAAUAUCUGUGUCCAAAUUUUUAAAAAGUAUAUAUUUUGUAUGUGUUUAUUCCUCUUAUAGAUACUAUACCAUAUUUAUAUUUUAUACUAUACCUGUAGAUAUACACACAAAGUUAAAUCUUUUCUUUUUGAAUUUAAAAUGGCACUUUGCACUGCCACAGAGGUAUUGAUGAAUUAUGUAUAUAGUUAAAUGUUUUUCUUCUGUAAAAAAAAAAUAUGCAUCAUUUGCUGUCAUUAGUACCUCUCAGCUUACUCUUCAGGGGAUAAGAAACAAACUGUAGAUUGGUUUCCAUGCAGGGAGGUUCUUUUGCCUAUGCAGUGUUUCUAGAUAAUUUGCUUAGUUCUGAGCCAUUUAUUCUGCUAAAUUUUGGAAGAUGCAUUAGUUCAGACUUGUCAUUUUGGCUUUAUUUGCAAAGUGUAAACUUGCAAGGGGAAAUGGUGCUAUAUGUUUAUUGUUAUUACUUUGUAUAACAUUUGAUGUAAUGUUUAUAAGCGUUGAGUAUCAGUGCUAAUAUUUAGUAUUAGCCAUUUGUUGUAAAUGCCAAUAAAAUGUACACCAGGAACAAUAAUGUACAUUUUCUUUUUGAAAAACCAAAUGUACUUUAUAUACAAAUGCAGCUAUUUACUAGGACUAUGUGGUUUAAAGGGUGGUUUCCUUUAUGUUAUUCUUUAUGUUUUGUAAGAUUGUACUUAACUUGGUUAUUUUUCAAAUUGUUUGUGUGAAGAUGCUGUGCCUAGUUGAACA